GUGUGUGACAGAGUCUCACUCUAGCUAAGACUGACUUCAAACUUACCAUCCUCUUGUCGCAGCCUCCUGAGUGCUGGGAUUAUGGGCACAAGCCACCAGUCCAGCUCAUUGUGACUCUUGACUUAGAGCACAGUAUCCCUCCCUAGCUGAUGUAGCUAUGGAUUGUGGGACAGACAAGGGUGUGUAUGUGGUCAAGCCCAGAGGCAGCUGCAGUCUGAGGCUGUAGGCGGAGUUUCCUGUCCCAACUGCCUGGUCCCAAAGAAACCACAGAGGCUGAUAUUACAUUACAAAUGCUCGUCUAAUAGCUCAGGCUUGUUACUAACUAGCUCUUACACUUAAAUUAACCUGUAGUUCUUUUUAUGCUUUGCCACAUGGCCCAUGGCUUGUUACUUCAUAUUUUACACAUCCUGUUUGCUUAGCAGCUGGCUGUCAACUACCCUGUGGUUCCCUAAGAGGCUAAGUCUCAGGGUGAGGCACAUUCACUCAGAGCUCUUCCAGAAUGGACCACCAAGAGUGUGGCACCAGCAGAUAUUAGUGUUUGUUGUGUGGGACAUGGCUCCUGGUGGGUCGUGUGGCCCAGCAUCACAUUUCUUGGUGCUAGCCAUGUUCUCUCUGUGUAUGGAGUGCUUUCCUUGUGGUUUUUUCUCUCCUUUCCCAUUGCACUAAUGCAGUGGACACAGUAACUUGGGAUGGAGCAACUCACAGAUAGCUGCAUCCUGCUGUGUUCAGUGACUGCUGCCUUUUAGAUUUUGUACAGGCAUGGCAGCACAUGCUUGUCAUCACAGCACUUAGUGGGUAGAGGCUGGGGGGUCAGGAGUUCAAGGGCAGCCUGAGCUACCUGAGACCUUGUCUCACAAGAACAGAAAAGGGGAAAUAAAGUGACACUUGGAUCUUGGGCUGUUUUCCUUCUCUGGUGUCCAUGGAUUUGGAGGUGCACACCUACAGCACACACAUGUUCUACACUGCCAGCCUGAUGUGCACAUCUAAGAACAUCCUGCCACAGCCAUUGUUAGGUGUGUCUGGGGGUGCCAUUCUUCUGUGGAUAUCCCUGCCAUCUGUACCCCAGGAAGAGCAGAGCACUCCGUGCCCUGGCAGCUCUCAUGGGAGCUGAGCCGGAAAGCACAGCAGAGCGGGGAAGCACUGCAGACCCGGGAAGCACUGCAGAGCCGGGAAGCACUGCAGAGCGGGGAAGCACUGCAGACCCGGGAAGCACAGCAGAGCAGGGAAGCACAGCAGAGCCGGGAAGCACUGCAGAGCGGGGAAGCACUGCACAGCCGGGAAGCACUGCACAGCCGGGAAGCACUGCACAGCCGGGAAGCACUGCACAGCCGGGAAGCACUGCACAGCCGGGAAGCACUGCAGACCCGGGAAGCACUGCAGAGCCGGGAAGCACUGCAGAGUGGGGAAGCACUGCAGAGCCGGGAAGCACUGCAGAGUGGGGAAGCACUGCAGACCCGGGAAGCACAGCAGAGCCGGGAAGCACUGCAGAGCGGGGAAGCACUGCAGACCCGGGAAGCACAGCAGAGCAGGGAAGCACAGCAGACCCGGGAAGCACAGCAGAGCAGGGAAGCACAGCAGAGCCAGGAAGCACUGCACAGCCGGGAAGCACUGCACAGCCGGGAAGCACUGCAGACCUGGGAAGCACUGCAGAAUGGGGAAGCACUGCAGACCCGGGAAGCACAGCAGAGCGGGGAAGCACUGCAGACCCGGGAAGCACUGCGGACCCGGGAAGCACUGCGGACCCGGGAAGCACUGCAGAGCCGGGAAGCACUGCAGACCCGGGAAGCACUGCGGAGCCGGGAAGCACUGCGGAGCCGGGAAGCACUGUGGACCCGGGAAGCACAGCAGACCCGGGAAGCACUGCAGAGCCGGGAAGCACUGCAGAGCUGGGAAGCACUGUGGACCCGGGAAGCACAGCGGAGCCGGGAAGCACAGCGGACCCGGGAAGCACUGCAGAGCGGGGAAGCACUGCAGACCCGGGAAGCACUGCAGACCCGGGAAGCACUGCAGACCCGGGAAGCACUGCAGAGCGGGGAAGCACUGCAGAGCCGGGAAGCACUGCAGAGCGGGGAAGCACUGCAGAGCCGGGAAGCACUGCAGAGCCGGGAAGCACUGCAGAGCCGGGAAGCACUGCAGAGCGGGGAAGCACUGCAGAGCCGGGAAGCACUGCAGAGCCGGGAAGCACUGCAGACCUGGGAAGCACUGCAGACCCGGGAAGCACUGCAGACCCGGGAAGCACUGCAGAGCGGGGAAGCACUGCAGAGCGGGGAAGCACAGCAGAGCGGGGAACGUCCCCACCCUUAGCAAACAUGAUAAGAGAAGGCCGAGCCGGCAGGCCAGGCGCCGCCGCCGCCACCGCCGCCUCAGAGUAG